CGUAGGGUCUGAACUAAAUCAGUUCGAACUCUCGACAAAUAAGGUUACCGAUAAGACUUUGGAGACUUUGGAGACUAACGGAAAAGGCAGAUAGACAGGGAUAAGGAUCUCUUUCCUUCUUUCCUAUUGCGUAGGCUGCGUAAGGUAAACACUUCGUGUUCUGCGUUGUUGUUGUUGUCAAACGUCGAGAAGCCCCUGCCAAGCUCUUACCUGAAAUAUUCUUGGUGUAGGUAUCCUUCGUGGUGUCCUUUUUCAUCUUCUUUUUCAUCAGGAUUUCUUCUGCGCCGUUAUGCGCUUUCGUUAAAGACUGCGCGAGCAAUACACUCUUUACCUCACUCUUUUACACCACCGUCGAGCGAAUGGACCAUUCGCCAAAAUGCUUAUGAAUUCUCCCUUCUCCGCGCUUUACCUGCGCUGGAAGCAGCUGCCCAACCUCCAUAAGGUGAUAUCUGUGUCCGGCCUAUUUAUUUUCUUGUUAGUCAUAUUUCUUCAGCCUAAUCCCGAUGUUGCACGCGAUGGGUGGAACCGUCUUACACACUCCGACACUGGCCCUCUGGCGGGCGGAAUUCCUCUUCGUGUCAUGUUCAUAGGCGCUUCUAUGACUCUCGGUGAACACUCGACUGGCGAAGUCGGUUACCGAAAGCAACUUCGCGACUGGAUGGUUGCUAGAGGCAAUCCCGUCAACUAUGUCGGCCAGAACCGAUAUGGUGACUUCAAAGACAACGACGUCCAAGCAUUCGGUGCCCAACCUAUAAAACCGACCCUCGAUCGCCUUAAAGAAGUUGUACCUCAGACCCAACCGAACUUGGUCAUAAUAAAUGCUGGAUCGAGCGAUUGUUUCCAGUUGGACCAUUGGGGACCGGCGUAUGUCUUCCAGAAAAUGCGCGAUCUAGUUGACUUCAUCUUCGAGGCCUCGCCGCGAAGUACCAUUAUUAUGUCCACUAUCAUAAUGAGCCCGUGGGAAGGUACGGAACGUUGCGUCAGGAGCUCUAAUGCCCAGAUACGCCAGGUGGCUAUCGACCUUAUUCGGGAGGGCAAGCCAGUGGUUAUGGCUGAAAUGCAUCAUGAUCAGGGUCUACCGAAUCGCGUCGUGAAGCAGGAUAUUGGACCUGACGAUAUGCACCCUACAGACAAGGGUUACUUCAAGAUGGGAGACAUCUUUAUAGAAAAAAUCAUCGAAGUUGAGAAAAACGGCUGGCUACAGGCCCCGGUCGAAAAUGGCGUCCCAGCAGAUGGUGAAGCUGCUAGAGAUGCCGAAGAUGCAAUCAAUGCGAAUCAAGAGAAGGCAAAAGAGAAGGAAAAUAAGGAGAAAGAAAAUAUGGAGGGCAAGGCAAGUCAGGACAAGAAGGAAAAGAAGUCUCUUAGCAGAAGAAGCCACGAAUGGGGAAGAGCGCUUAAUAGGCGUCACGCGGCCGUUUAAUGAUGUUAGAAUAUGAUGUUGACGCGUCCUAGUAGCUUUCACGCAGGACUCGAAGGUAGGGCCGGCUAUUAUUUACAAAUAAUUGCCGGUGUUCGAAGCUGUUGAGUAUGUUAUCCGGGUUCAUGAUGAUAUGGAACCCUUACUAUUAGAUGAUGCGCUUGCCCCGCGGGCCUUUACUAUUACAUGGCAUGUAUAGUAUGUAAGUUAGAUUCAAUGUAUGUAUUUUCCGAGCCAGCAAAGACCCGGUGGUGGUCAUCGUGGACUAGCUAGAUUUAAGUCUACCUCGAAGUUGUCUAAUUGAGUCGACUACCAUUAUCUUAUGUUUUGUGUAUAUUCAACUUGCCGAAGAUAAUUCUAGCUGUACUUGAUAAUACAGUUAGUUACCUACAUGACAGACCU